AUGGUUCAUUUAGGUCCAAAGAAACCACCUGCCAGAAAGGGAUCCAUGGCUGAUGUCCCACAAGAAUUGUUAAACAAAUUGCAAGAACUAGAACAAAUGUUCACUGUCUCUGCUGAAACUUCCAGAGCCGUUGUUAAGCAUUUCAUCUCCGAAUUAGACAAGGGUUUAUCCAAGCAAGGGGGUAACAUUCCAAUGAUUCCAGGUUGGGUCGUUGAAUAUCCAACUGGUAAGGAAUCCGGUGAUUAUUUGGCUAUCGAUUUGGGUGGAACCAACUUGAGAGUUGUCUUGAUCAAGUUGGGUGGUGACCGUACAUUUGACACUACUCAAUCCAAAUAUAAGAUUCCAGAUGGAAUGAGAACUACUCAAAACCCUGAUGAAUUGUUCGAAUUCAUUGCUGAUUCCUUAGCUGCCUUCUUAGAAGAAAUUUACCCAGAAGGUGUCACUAAGAACUUACCAUUAGGUUUCACUUUCUCCUACCCAGCAUCUCAAGAUAAGAUUAAUGAAGGUAUCUUACAAAGAUGGACCAAGGGUUUCGAUAUCCCAGGUGUUGAGGGUCAUGAUGUUGUUCAAAUGUUACAAAAGCAAUUAGACAAGAAGAAGAUCCCAAUUGAUUUGGUCGCUUUAAUUAACGAUACCACCGGUACUUUGGUUGCCUCUUUGUAUACUGAUGGUGAAACCAAGAUGGGUGUUAUCUUCGGUACUGGUGUCAACGGUGCUUACUACGAUAAGGUUUCUGACAUUCCAAAGUUGGAAGGUAAGUUGGCUGAUGAUAUUCCAGGUUCUUCUGUUAUGGCCAUUAAUUGUGAAUAUGGUUCUUUCGACAAUGAACAUUCUGUUUUACCAAGAACCAAAUACGACGUCCAAAUUGAUGAAGAAUCUCCAAGACCAGGCCAACAAGCUUUCGAAAAGAUGACUUCCGGUUAUUACUUGGGUGAACUUUUACGUUUAGCUGUCCUCGAUUUACAAAGCCAAGGUUUGAUCCUAAAGGGUCAAGAUAUGACCAAAUUGCAAGUUCCAUACGUCAUGGAUACCUCCUACCCAGCCAGAAUUGAAGAAGAUCCAUUUGAAAACUUGGAAGACACUGACUCUUUGUUACAAAAGGAAUUCAAUAUCAAGACUACUGUUCAAGAACGUAAAUUGAUUAGAAGACUAUGUGAAGUCAUCGGUAUCAGAGCUGCUGAAUUAGCUGUCUGUGGUAUUGCUGCCAUCUGUCAAAAGAGAGGUUACGAAACUGGCCAUAUUGCUGCUGAUGGUUCUGUUUACAAGAUGUACCCAGGUUUCCCAGAAAAGGCUGCUGAAGGUUUGAGAAAGAUCUACGGUUGGAAACCAGCUCCAAUGGACCAAUACCCAUUACAAAUUGUCGCCUCUGAAGAUGGUUCUGGUACUGGUGCCGCUAUCAUUGCUGCAUUGACUGAAAAAAGAUUGGCUGCUGGUAAGUCUGUUGGUAUCAUUGGUGCUUAA